AUGGAUAAUUUAUUUAAUCUUUCUUUUCUUUCUUUGUUAAUGAUAACAGUUGCUGCUGGGAACAUGCUGCUGCAUAAUGACAAUAUUGCCAUGUUUGAUGAUGAGCUAGAAAGCCGGGACAUAAUUGAGGAAGAAAACGAUUUCGAUUUCUUUGAUAUCCCUUCGUGGACAAGCGUUCGUGGUAGCAAGAUUCUUGUGAAUGUAGAUAGCUUUGGCGCAGUUGGAGACGGCGUUGCUGAUGAUACACAGGCUUUCCAAAAGGCUUGGGAUACCGCCUGCUCAACAUCAAGUGCGGUUCUUUUAGUACCUCAAGAUCGCCGUUAUCUUGUCAAUGCAACGAAAUUUCAAGGGCCAUGUGCAGAAAAGUUAGUUAUCCAGAUUGAUGGAACAAUUGUGGCACCAGAUGAGCCAAAGAACUGGAAUCCAAAGUUUGCGCGGCAAUGGCUUGAUUUCACCAAACUUGAGGGAGUCAUAUUCCAAGGGCAGGGAGUUAUUGAUGGCUCGGGUAGCAAAUGGUGGGCAGCAUCCUGCAAAAGGAACAAGACAAACCCAUGCAAAGGGGCACCAACGGCAUUAACUAUAGAUUCAAGCAAUGAUAUAAAGGUAAAAGGUCUCACCAUACAGAACAGCCAACAGAUGAAUUUUGUCAUUGCUCGGUCCAAUGUUGUCCGAAUUACUGGUGUAAAAGUUACAGCUCCAGGAGACAGUCCCAACACUGAUGGAAUACAUAUCACUCAAUCAACUAAUGUGGUUCUACAAGACAGCAGAAUCGGAACAGGGGAUGAUUGUGUCUCAAUUGUCAAUGCUAGCUCCAACAUCAAGAUGAAGAGAAUUUAUUGUGGACCAGGACAUGGGAUAAGCAUUGGAAGUCUUGGAAAGGACAAUUCCAUAGGCAUAGUUACUCGAGUGGUCUUGGAUACGGCAGUCCUCAAGGAAACUACUAAUGGUCUCAGGAUCAAGACUUGGCAGGGAGGUUCUGGUUAUGUUCAAGCUGUACGUUUCCAAAAUGUGAAGAUGAUAGAUGUAGCCAACCCCAUUAUUAUUGAUCAGUUCUACUGUGAUUCUCCAAAAAGUUGCGAAAACCAGACUUCUGCAGUGAGCAUAAGCAAGAUCAUCUACAAGAAUAUAAGCGGAACCACAACGAGCAAAAAGGCCAUGAAAUUUGCUUGCAGCGAUACAGUCCCAUGCAGCAACAUAGUUCUGAGGAAUGUUAACUUAGAGAAGAAAGACGGGACAGUCGAGACCUAUUGCAACUCUGCUCAAGGCUUUGGAUACGGGAAUAUUCACCCUUCAGCUGACUGCCUUAGCAGUCAUGAUGACAAGAACCUUCCACCGAUCAAUCAGAAUGAUAUCGUCCACACUGAACUCUGAUAACAUUGGUUUGCCUAAAGGCAUAUACAAAUGCAAUGUAUAUACUUAAAUUAUACAGAAGCUGCAGAGUGAUCUCUAGUAAGGUUUCUUGGUGGGGGUUUGAGGUGAUCAAGCUAAAUUUUAUGGGAUUUUCAGAGGUAGAUUAUACCUAAUGAAAUUUAAAUGUGUUUAAACUAUACAAAA